AUGUAUAAAGUCGAGAACUUCUUCACCUAUUCCUUCUCAUCAUCAACCCGUACCUUCAAACUUUCACCUCCCGACUACAACUACACUCAGGGUCCAUCGAAUCAUCUCGAAACCUUCACCGCAAAAAUGCAGUUCAAGUUGGCAAUCGGCGCACUUCUUACCACCUUGAUGUGGACCGCUGCCGCCACAAAGGUGCAGUGCCAAGCAGGCCUGAGCGACACCAACAUUUGCGAGAAGACCUACUGCAAAUGCGAUGGGAACAAGAUCUUCUGCGAGUCCGGCACCACCUGCCUGCAGACAUGUAUCUGUGCUGCUUAG